ACUGUUGGUUUUCCUUGUGAACACUCAGAGUGUUAUAGUGUAGUGGUCAGUACGCUGCUCUCUCUCCUCACAAACAUGACUUCGUUUGGAAACCUGUUGAUUUUUCUGUUCUUUUUUGUGGAAAGAUCACUUGCUUGUUCCUGUGGCUUUUUAAGCUGGGCAACAUGCGAUGAAUCUUCAUGCCAGUGUUAUAUCAGUAUUGGUGAAGGGCAGAGGCAAAUCAUUAAUUGUACUGCAGAGAUUCCAAAAUGCUUUCUGAUGAAGGCAGAGAUGUACCGCCUUCACCAUUCUUUAUUCCAGCAGAACAAACCCAUAGAAUCAGCUCUGUCUGCUGGGAAUGAGCUUUAUGAUCCAGAAUGUGACUCCAGUGGACUCUUCAAGGCCAGGCAGUGUAAUAACAGUGAUGUGUGCUGGUGUGUCGACAGUGCAGGAGUGUGCAUCUCUGACAAGAGUGAUAAAAACCUGAAGUGUGAGGAACUGGUGGAGAUGAGCUCAGGACAUGACCAGAUAAAGCUCAGGAAGAUCGGUAAAGCCCUGGAUCCCUCCGGGCUGCAGAGUGUUAUAGCCAGUGCCAUUCAGGACCAAGCACAGGUCAGCAAAAUCAAGGUUAAGUAUGAUAUUGAUGCUCGACUCAUCACUCUGGAUUUGAAGAAUGAUAUUGGAGAUCAUACACAGGACCUGUCUGGAUUGGGCUAUUACCUGGAGAAAGAUGUUGAUGAAGUGAUUGAGGGAACAGGUGAAAAGCUGGAGAUGGAGAACAUUGUGGUUUAUUAUGAGGAAGAAGAGGAGGAGGAAGCACCUGCUGACGAUGUAAAGAGGCUCACGUUUGGAAUCCUCACAGUCACUGUCGUAGCCAUACUAGCAGCUGCUGUCGGGCUUAUUAUUCUGUUCCUGAUCAGAAAACAACAGCGAGGCAAAUAUGAAAAGGCUCAGACAAGUGAAAUGGAGGACGUUUAGAUAUUGAGCUGAACUUCAGGUGUGUGGAACCUGGAACCCCUGACUACAUAUUUAAACUGUUUGUGUGGAUUGAGAUCAUCAGAUUUUACUCUUUAUAUUGUUUAUAUUAUAUGUCUGUAAUAAAUAUAGAUAAAUAUAAUAUAAUAAUCUGUAUUAACUUAUACAAAAUUGUAGAAGAACAUGAGGUAUUUUUUUUUAGUAAAUACUUAGAUAUGCUAUAGUAUACUCAAGUUUAUCCUAUAUAGCUC